CUUCAUAUAUAGGCCACAAACUCCGGGUCAGACCCUCAUCGCUCUUCAGAUUCAGCUGUUCUCAAAGAUGCAGCGGGCGCGCGCAGACAUGAUGCUGGUCAGGAGAAAAUACAAGAGAUACUCCAAACACAAAAUGACCUACCUGGGUCUGAUCGCAUAUAUCAUUGAAAACGCUCCUGAGAAGAAAUUGACGUUUUACGAGUUAAUGAAAGCGGUGGCGAUAUUUGUGGAUGGCGACAGAAAAGGCCUUGAGAAAAAUAUCAGAGUCUGUUUAUCAUCGAACAGCUGCUUUGUAAAGGUGCCUGUGAAUCCGGAGUGCCCAAAUGCAAGGCGCAACUUUUGGAAAGUGGAUGAAAGUAAAUUCACCCCGAAGAUACUGCGACGACACUUCAGUGCUUUGCGCGACGUCCUCCCUGACUCUUAUGAAAGCAUGGAAAUGUCUUCUGUGAAGAAUGAAACGGAAAACCGGACGAGCUUCAAACGCCCAGAGGCUGAGAAGAAGUUUAUCAGCUCGUUUUCAAUAGAGUCCCUCCUGCAGAGGGAAAGCAGCGCCCCCCUGAGGAACACACCUGUACUUUCUGAAACUAGGAACCUGGAAAACCAGUUUGUGGGCCUCGCAGAUGGACAUCCUGUUUGGGCAUUCAAGAGGAAAACAUGCGACUGGCCCCAUCAGACUUCAUACGCCGAUUUUAGUAGAUCAUAUUCACCCUUUUACUUUCCUGCUCACUGUUUAGGACAAAUGAAUGAUGGCUGCUUUCCCUCCAGUGGAUCCUCCAAGAGGAUGUUCUCAUUCUCUAACCUUUCCUAUUGUUCAGCACCUGAGAGCAUCAGGCAGUUCACCUCAAAUGUAAACUGGGGCUACAUGUAAACUGCACUUACUUUUCUUCGUGUACAUAUCUUACUGAUUUAUUUUGCAUUGUUGAAAACUUCUGCCAACUUCUUAUUUUCCAAAUAAAACAUCACCGUUUGUUUUUAACAUGUAGAAAUGUUACGUUCCCAGGACGUUCUCAUAAUAUGUAACGAGUUCACUGUUCAUAUCAAAAUAUUGCCCUCCGCAGGACAAAGACUCAAACUGAAUAUUUCUACAUGAUUUCAAUGACUGUAACAUUUUUCUCGCACAUACAAGAGAUAGUAAGACCUAAAAUUAUUAAUAUCAAGAGUAAAAAAACAAACAAACAGAAAACCUGAAACCGGCAGUUACAUCUUUUGUCUAAAUGUUCUUCAAAAGCGCCAGCAGAUGGCAAUAUUAAAACAGACUUGUCGAGCAUUAUCAGCCUUACACACUUUCAUAGCAUUUUCCCAGAUGCACACACGCUUUAUUGUUUUUAUUUUAAUGUUUAUAAUACACAGACAUAAGCAUUGGAAU